GUAGAAAAGGGGUUUGCCACUAUUGAACCUGGAUCUAAUCCGCCUUUUCCACUGGAGACUUUGAUCAAUCAAGAACGUGUGUGAAUUUAACAGUAGUUAUAAAAAGUUGAAUUCCAUUUUAAAGUGAAAGCCAUUAUCAAAUUUUGAGUGGCAUAAUAGUGGAAAAUAAUUCUAUCAUAGAUAAAGGAAAAUUUGAGCCAGGACCCAUUAAGUGUUGGCUUGGACCCUGAGCCAGUGUGUGACCACGUUGUCAGUGCCACCGCCAACUCAUAGCCUCGGAGAAUAGGCUCCAAUCCCGUGACCCUGUCGGUUCGCCAAGCACGUGUGGCGAUAUCCUGUAGCGAGGUCUGCCCUAUCCCUGUGCUACGACCCACGAGAGAAAGAUACCGUGAUUGACAUCCCGCGCGAUAUCGGACGCCCCCAAGCGCAUGCGAUUCCACGAUUCCGAUUACGCCGCAACGCCCAGAUUUGCCCAGAAACCCCCACCAUCGCCGGCCGGCCCAGCUAACACUCACACACCUACACUAAAAGUAAGUUCAAUAAAAAAAAUAGACUAAAAGUGAAAGAAAAACUGAGUGUUUGAACUUCUGAUCAGCGCAAAGAGCCGACCCUGAAAAAAGAGUUUGGGAACCCCUGGUGGCAAGGCCUGUGAGGUCUCGUCCCCAGCGUCCGCUUUGGUUAGGUCCCCGUAGUGAGAGUACCCGCGAUAAUAAUUGGCGCCCAGCUAAAAGAGAAGCGAAACUGAUCAGAAGUUCAAAGGGAGUGCGAAAGAUUGUAGAACUACCUAAUUUAUCAAAAAUAGCUUAUCAGGUGCUUGGGUUGGUGAAUAGGUAGGGUAUCUGAUCUGUGUAGUGCGAGACACACUUUCUGCAGAAAUCACUGCUAGAGCUGCGCUUCUACUAGUGCGCGAACGUCGUUUAGAAUAAUUAAUUUGAAGCAAAGUGUGCUAAAUAGGUGCGCGCGAACAAAUUCUAGAAUUUUUUAAUUUAAUUUUUUUUCAUUAAUGGGUCUUGACUCAACAAUAUCAUAGAAUAAGCAAUUUUCACGAACGCUACCUCUCUCGGUUAAAUAAAAAUACGAGCUGUACAUCAGACAGUGUGACUGUGUUGAAUUUUGAAGAAAUGGAUUUGCAAUCGGCAUACCGACACAUGGAAGUGUCUCAUCUCGCCAUAGACGAGGUGGAACAUGAGCUUUUGAUUAGGAAUUUGUUAUUUCACUUUGAUGACCAUGAGAGUGUCAAACGGCGCAAAUUGAAAGAUAGGAUGAAGGAAGAAAGGAGUGUAGGGAUUAACGCUACAGCAUUUGCUAGAACGUGGAGAACGGCAAAGGAAGAAAUUAGCAUUAUAAGAUCACGAAUACAAGUUAUCCGUGGAAUUUUCGAGAACCCUAAGGCUGAUGCUAGGCAGAGGGAAAAAUUGAGAACCCGUGUUGUACACUACCGCGUACGAAUUGGACAGUUAGCGAGAGCAAUAGAUGCUCGUAAAUUUUUAGCAGAAAUAAAUGAAAUCGAAAACCAAAUAGACGAGAUUAUUGCAACUCAUUUUCCAUCAUCGAACUCAAAAACCGACACAAGCAAGAUUAGGCCGCUAGGAGAGAAACUAACAGAAGUUUUAGAUGAGGUUCGCACUGAGAUCGCAACCUUGAAUGAUACGGUUGCUACUCUCGAAGGUGGGGAUGAUGGGGGAGAGUUAGAUCAGACAAGUGGAGGAGCGAUGAGCGUUUUAGCUCAGAAGAAAAGUGAAAUGGAAUUAUCAAGAAAAAGGACAGAGGAAAUUUUGGGAAAGCUGAACGAAUACGAACCAGGAAAAGAGAAGGAAUUCGAGUAUUUGAUUGCUGCGUUCAAAGAUUUCGUUGUUCAUACGUCUGAGCAGCAAAGACUAAAAAGGGAACAAGAAAUCAGAAAAGAACAGGAAAAUUUGAAAGAAAUGGGAAAUCGAAUAAAGAGGAAACAAAAUCUAGAACGACUACUAACUGAAUUAAACGAAAAUAUGAAUCAAUCAGAGGUUGUUUUCUCUGGAUUUACAGAAGGCACAAAAGAGACGCCUCAUUCAAACUCAGAAUCCGAAAGUCAGGAAACAAUUAAAAAGAAUAAAAUAAAAAUCGGUUCAAAUACCGUAGCUUCCAGUACUGCUGGAAAUAGUAAGAGUGGAAACAAAGUUGAGUUUCAUAGAGAAACUGAACACUCAAUGGAAAGCGCCAUUGAAGAAAGUGAGAGCUCAAUGAUUUCAAAGAAGAAAGACAUCAGAAUGAAAGGAAAAAUGAAAAACAGUAGAAAGGACAUAAGAAAGAAAAAGAAGAAACACGUAAGCUCCACUUCGUCCGAAAAAACUCUCUCGUCGGAUUUCUCUCAGAGUACAGAAUUUUCGAGUUCUAGUAGCUCUAUGGACUCAUCGGAAGAAGAAAGUAGGGGAAAGAAGAGAUCGAAGAAGAAGCAUAAGAAAACAAGAAAGGCAAUUAAAGGAUACCUGUAG